GGUAGUGUUAGGCCACGUGAGCUAGAAGUCCAAGUUAUUACUCAUAAGAAGCAACACAAUACGCCAUGGUUCGGAGGAAGCAGUGUUCCCAAGCGGCGAGUCCGGUCAGUCCGGCCAUGGUUUUGAAAAGCCUGGGUCAGUCCGGCUUAAAUUAUUAACGGCCGCCAAAGCCUACGGGUGCCCAGGAAAAGCCGCCAGAUGCCCAGGUAAACCCCGCAGGUAUCUGCGAACAUGCAGGAUUUUCACGGUUAAUCACUCGGGAUGUGGGAACGGAACAAGGAGCUUACAGCGCUACUACCGGUAGCAGAUUUCGCUUAAAACGAGUAAAUGUCCUCUACUUCAACAACGAUUGUCUUCAUAACCACACUACACGACCAUGAUCCUUCGGCUCAUUACUUAGCACAAUUAUCAUGGAAAUUAUUAUAUCUACUUCUAGCAUAUUAACCUUAACCGGAUACCAUCUCCAACCUCAUCACCAAAAUUUUAUCCCCCUUCCAACUAUGAUAUUAUUGAUAGUAUGCACGAUGUAGAGAGUAACACGAUAAAGAUAAUCUCCUACGGCAUAAAAGCUUUCAGUACGCGUAAAGUCAACGAAGUGCCAUGAGUGAUAGCGUGUUUUAACCCUGACCCUAUUACCCGGAAAGUUAUUUUUGGGUAUUAGGGUCAGGGCUGAAAUACCAAAAGCCUGCAGGUGACCCAGGCCAGGCCCAGCUUUAGUUUUAGAAAGCCGCUUGCGCACAGUCCGGCCCGGCCGUCCCUGAAAAAGCCUGGGUCAGUCCGGCCGUACCCAAAGCCAGACGGACUGGCCGCUUGGGAUCACUGGGAGGAAGUUUGUUGGGUCAAACACGGGGAAUUCGGAAGGUACCGCCACACGGAGGAUGAGUACGAUGAAAUUGAACUAAGCAUUGUGAGAAGAUUUGGCUUAUUGGGUGGGCCCGGG